GAACGAAAACGGAAUGGGUGGGAAAAUGACAAGGCUGAACAAAAAGGGAACGCGGAAACGAAAAGGGAACGCAGAAACGAAAAGGGAACGCAGAAACGAAAACGGAAUGGGUGGGAAAAUGACAAGAGUGAACGAAAAGGGAACCAUGGUUACGAAAAGAAAAACACUGAACAAAAAGGGAACGCGGAAACGAAAAAGGAACGCGGAAACGAAAAGGGAACGCGGAAACGAAAAGGGAAUGGGUGGGAAAAUGACAAGAGUGAACGAAAAGGGAAGAACGUAGCACACGUAAAAAAGAAAGAACAAGUCGAGCGGAGUGACAGCAUGAAAACGAAAAGG